AAUCCAGGAACAGCGAUUGAAAAAAAAAAAGCUCCACCAGUGGACUGUUUCAAGUUCCCCCCGGCUGAAACCCUGCCUGAUUUGUGGGCAAUGUUGGGGAUGUAGAAAAAAAGGAAACCGGAGCAAAGAGAGAGCGCAAGGGAGAAACAGGGAGACAACACUAACUGGGUAGCUAUGGAGAUAGUAGGUUUUCCUGGUAGCUUUCUUUGACAGGUGUCGAGUGGGAUAAAAUAAAGUAUCUGAACAGCCUCCAAGAUGUACGGCAAGGGUAAAGGAGCUGUGGUCCCCUCCGAUAGCCAAGCAAGAGAAAAAUUAGCGUUAUAUGUGUACGAGUACCUGCUACAUGUGGGAGCACAGAAGUCCGCACAGACCUUCCUGUCUGAGAUUCGAUGGGAGAAGAAUAUUACAUUAGGGGAGCCUCCUGGAUUCCUGCAUUCGUGGUGGUGUGUAUUCUGGGAUUUGUAUUGUGCGGCUCCAGACCGAAGGGAGACAUGCGAACACUCCAGCGAGGCCAAGGCCUUCCAUGACUACAGCGCAGCAGCGGCGCCCAGCCCUGUGAUGGGCAACAUGCCCCCCAACGACGCCAUGCCAGGUGGUCCCAUGCCCCCAGGCUUCUUCCAGGGUCCACCCGGCUCUCAGCAGUCCCCCCACGCACAGCCCCCCCCACACAACCCCAGCAACCCCAUGAUGGGACCCCAUGGCCAGCCAUUCAUGUCGCCACGGUAUCCAGGUGGACCGCGCCCCGCACUGCGAAUGCCAAAUCAGCCUCCGGGGGGAAUCCCUGGAUCUCAGCCUCUCCUGCCAAACAGUUUAGACCCGACAAGACCACAAGGACAUCCUAACAUGGGUGCGAUGAGGAUGAACCCCCCUCGAGGGAUGGCCAUGGGUCCACAGAAUUACGGAGGUAUGAGGCCUCCUCCUAACUCAAUGGGUGGCCCCAUGCCAGGAAUGAACAUGGGUCCUGGAGGAAGAGGGCCUUGGCCAGGACCUAACGCUAACUCUAUAGCCUACUCCUCCUCAUCUCCAGGAAACUAUGUGGGUCCUCCAGGCGGAGGAGGUCCACCAGGAACUCCCAUCAUGCCCAGCCCAGGUGAUGUCGACUAACUCCAGUGAAACAUUUACACAAUGAUGAACCCCAUCGGACCAGGAGGCAACAGACCCAACUUCCCUAUGGGACCAGGGCCUGACGGGCUGGGAGCUAUGGGAGCCAUGGAGCCACACCACAUGAACGGAUCAUUAGGGUCUGGGGAUAUGGACGGGUUGCCAAAGAGCUCCCCAAAUAACAUGGGGGGCAUGAACAACCCUCCUGGAACGCCGAGAGAUGACGGAGAAAUGGGCGGCAACUUCUUGAACCCAUUCCAAAGCGAAAGUUAUUCACCCAACAUGACGCUGAUGUGUGUGAUUUUAUUUUUUCCUCUUUUUUUUGUACUUUGUUUAUUCCCCCUCUUCUAUUUUGGAACCCCUGCACCUGUUUUUUUCUUCUUCAACUCAAUCCUUACUUCACCUUGGAUUGGACCGCCUCCCCCUCCUCUCACACACACAAAACACACACACACCUUCUGCCUCCAAAUCCUCCAAAUGGGAUCCGCUCUCCAACCUUCCCCCCUGCCCCCCUUCUCCCGUUUCCCUCCUUCUCACUCGGGACUCCACGGCCCAUGCGCAGCCUUCUGGGACGGCCCUUGAGCAUGCUGGGACUCUAAUUAAGACGGGUCCUCCGGAGCGUGCAAGAUGCCCGCCGCUCCUGAACAGGAAGCAGUCACAGAGGCAACAGGAAGGGCCUCCUCUCUGACUCCGGCCCCGGCCUCCCUGGCUUCCUGUCAGGUUCUAGACAAUGAGCGAGGGAUGGAGGACAAACACAGAGAGAGAGGUAGAGAGGAGACUGAUUACACAGCCCUCCACAGUGCUGGAUCUUUAGCAGCUGCCUGGAGCUUCUCCAUCACCACUCUGGAUUUUCAAACUGUAUCGUCUUUUUUUUUUCUUCUUUUUUUCGGUGCCGCUCUCCUGUCGGAUUCAGUGAGGGGUCCAACAAGUGGACCUGUUAACCCCUCCAUGUUGUUCUCUGUGUGUACAUUUUUAACAGAGGUGUUGUGUAUGGAUCAGUGAACUUUAAUUUUUUCUCCUUUAUUUUGUGUAUGUAUUGUAUCAUUGCUAUUUGUAUUAUUGUAUUAUUGUUAUUAAUGAAAUCGUUAUGAUCAUUUUAAGAUUAGGUUCUAAUUUGUGGUUGUUUCUAAGGGCACAUUGUAUUAUAUGAAGACAGCUUAUGUGCACACAAGACAGAAUAAUCACCAUGUGCGCACACUGCCCCCUGCAGGCCACCCAUCAUGGUACUGUUCGAUCGGCCUUUUAUCUUUUUACUUUUUUAAAACCAUCAAAGAUUUUCACAUCCUGCUCUUUUUAUCCAACCAGAAGAAGAGGUGGGCUCCUGUUUUUUUUUUAGUAGCUUCCAUGCAGUGAAAUGCACAGCUCUAUUUAUUGAUGUACUUUAAUUGGUCUCAGACUCAUGUUACUUUUUUUAAGUGUUAACCCAGUUUUUUUUCGUGAACUGCAGAACUAGUAGCAAGUGUGUAAAUAUGCAGAUCAAGACCGCAGUGUCUCCUCCUCCCAUAAUUAGACCCUGUUUUAACCCCACCUCAUGCUUCUUCAACGUCUCCAACUUACUUUAACUUUCACUCCAAACAGGUAGUUAGCCGAUGUUACCAUCUCUGCUGACUCUAACAAACACUUGGAUUCUCUUUGUUACCGAGAAGUCCUCGACACACUGUGAUGUAAUGUCUGUGCUUUCUGGGGAUUUCCUCCUUUCUUUUUUUCAUGAGUCAGACUUUCUCGUCGUACGUGCACCUGUCGCUCCAGGAAGGAAGGACUUCUGGCGAGUCGUUGCUCUGUUGACUGCAACAAACAGCCUCCCUCUCUGCGCAUCUUGAAGAAAACAAAACACCCUCCGUCCUUUUCCUUUUCUCACCUUUCAGACGGGCCAGCAUCCUCUCACACACCACACACAUCGCCUCUCUCAGAUUCUUUUUUUUUUUUUGUACAACCCUCCAUCUUUUUGGUUUUUAUUUUAUUUUUUGUAAAUACUGUAAAAUGCAUUUUGAUAUCAUUGACAUGUUUUGAUAUUUUCAAAUCACGACACACAGUUGAUCAGAAAAACAUGCUGAUUCGGGGCAACUGUGUGUAUUGUGCAGAGAUGGUGUGUCUUUUACUCAGAAAUGAUAUGAGUGAUGAGAAACGAAACUGGAGCUGCUAUAGACUUUAAUUGCUAUUUCUUCUCAUCACAGACUAACUAGGGUGGGGCUUUACUUUGCAUCAGAGAGGAUGAGGGGAGGAAGGGGUAUUCUGAAGUGUGCUUGAACGCCUCUAGCUAACUCACUGUCACUCACAUUUCCUUGAAAAAUUGUACAAAUUCUAUCAGAUUCUUGCCCAGGAGUCGCCCCUCCUCUGUCUGUUCUUGGUAAUUUUGAGCAAAGAUGGCGACACAGGCCUCAAAGUUGCUGAUUUUUCACUGUUUUUGACAGGGAUUUUUGCCAGAACAGAAUGAAAGAGGCCAGUUUUUUUUUAGGUAAACUUCCUUCUGCCUCCGACACAUUUCAGCUCCCCCCCUCUCGACACAAAGUGAAAGCAGGGCACACAGGACUCUGUCUCUCAAUCUGGACACACCAGGGACCAGAGAACAGACUUUACUAUGAAGGAUUAUUUUUGUAUCUAUUAAAAAUGGGGCGGGGAGAAAUGUUUUUGGGGAAAGUAAGAGAAAAAAUAAUGGACAGAUUUGUUCUUGUGCUAAAAAGAGGUAGAGAGUGCUGGAACAGGCGUUUCCUCCCCUUUACUUUGAACUUUGUAUAAAAUGCAGUCGAUCUCUCUAUCUUUAUGUCCUGUAAGUACAGCCGUCACAACGUUGAUCAUUUCUGUAUUUCUAUCGUGCUGAUGUAUAAUACUGUAACAUUCAGGGGGCAGGGGAGGGUAAAGAGGAAACUUUUUGAGGGGAGUAAAGAUUUUUUUUUUCUGUUCAUUUCCUCACUUUUCCUCUUGAUGGACAAAGCAGUAUUGAAUAUGAGGCAGUCUGUCCAUGGGGGUUUGCUUUGUAUCUCAUGUUAGGGUAGUUUCAGAUCCUAAAUGUCUCGUGUAGUAAAAAAAAAAACAGAAAAAAAAAAAAGAGGUUCCUUCUUCGUAUGUUUCUUUAUAUUGUAAAGUUCUUUAGACAAAAAAUUGUUGCUUAUUGGAAAAAAGGUGGGAAAACUGCAUGAUAAUAAAUGUAAUUUUUAUUUUAUUUUAUCUUUUUGUUUUGUUUCAAUUUUCAUCAAGGUGUCAGUCGUUUUUUGCCUGUGUCCCCCUUGUUGUAGAUACAUAUUAAAAACAAUAAAAUGACUUCACUCCUUUUGCCAUGAA